GCCGCCGCUUCCAGGCUCUGCAGGGUUGAUGGACAGCUGAGGAUCCGCUACUCCGGCGGCGCGCUGGGCAAAAAACAAACAAAUCCCGAGAGACAGGGAGCCAAAGAAUCUGGACUAGGCUACUUGCAGCGGGAGAGGAGGGAAGCUUCGCGCGCCUUGGGAGCACUUCGACCCGCUUUUUGGGCGGCGCGGGGGAGAGAUUCGCAGCUUCAAGCGGGAGGGGCGGGGGGAAGGGAGGAGUUGACUCCCCCGCCCUCAAUUAGCAACCCUUGCUGGGACUUUUUUUUUUUUUUGCGUGGUGGUCCUUCUGGUCCUCUUUCUUUGAGGAAAGAGGAGCCGGGACUUGGAAGGCAAGGACACCCCCCCCCCCCAAUUUGGGAGCAAGGGCCCGCUCUGCAGAAGGAACCAACCGAUCCGUUUUGCGCUCCUUUACCACAACAAGCCCCGCUCCGGUUCUCUCCCCCUUGUGAUCCAGCUUCGAUCAUCCCUUCCUUCCCCGAUCACCCCCUCUCCGCCGCGCCCCGCCCUCCGUGCCUCUCCCCCCCCCCGCUGCUCUUCGGAUCCCGGGAUACAUGGGAGGCUCCGCUUCGCACUGCCACGCGUUGGGUCGCAGGGGAUCCCUCAUCCCUCCUCCGGAAAGGAGUUUCCCCGCUCCGGUUCCUCCGGCGAGCGGGCUCCCUGGGCGCUAGGAGGGAACUUCAGGCGCCUCGGCCGCGUUGGAGCAAGCCGCUUUCCUCGCAAACUUUUUUUUCCUGGGCAAAAGCACCCCGAGCCCUGCCCGCAUCAGCUCAACUCCAGCAUGUAAAAGGGAGCGCCAGCGACGGCCACUUUCUCUGCAGACGUGGCCCCUUCCGUCCCCAAGGGUAACACAGGUUGCUGCGAGGAGGAGACAUCCCCGCUUCCCCGCAGGAGUGAUGCUCAUCAGAGAAGUUUUGCUGCUCCUUCAGUGCUGCUGGUCUUCUCUGCUACUGCACUGGACCCUCCAUCCCAUCUGGGGCUUCAUUCAGAUCACUCAGGGUGAACCCCAGAAAUCAUGUGCCAAGCCAGUAGCAGAGAAAGUUACAGACAGCUGCCAACAGAUCUGCCAAUGUAGACCACCUCCGCUACCGCCACCGCCACCGCCUCCUCCGCCCCCCAGGUUGCUUGGGGUCCCAUCUCCUACCGUUCCAAGUUGCCCUACUCGAGAGACGUGGUGGCCAGGCCCAGUUAUAAUUAUUGCAGCAUGCUGUACCACACUAGUGUUCCUCUUUCUAGUUUUCAUCAUUUGCUACAAAGCCAUAAAAAGGAAACCGCUGAGAAAAGAAGAGAAUGGAACAAGUCGAGCUGAAUAUGCAAUGACCUCCUCCCAAAACAACAAGACAGUUGAUGCUAACAAUGCGGUGGUAUAAUUUCCGAGGCUCCUCUUGAGUAGUAAACAUUAAAAAGCACAUGCGGCGUCUGCAAGGUGGGUGGAAUGAGACAUCGAGAGAAGCCCUGUGGCCGAGGACUUCAUUUCAGAAAUUGCGCACGUAUCAGUUAUUCUGAGAAGAAAAGCAGACGAGACUCCUCUUUGUCUAGUGGAUUGUCACAAAGGGAGGGAUGAACUUGCCAGUCAGGGCUACUCUGAGAAAAGACCUCACAAAAAGGCACACUCACUGCAUGCCGCGUUAGAACAAAGCAACAUCAUUCCGCUUCUUUCCUUUCCUUCUUAUUUUUGAUUGACAGUUCAUUUUUUUAAAAAAAAUGCUUCAAUAGGAUCCUUUGAUGGCAAAGGUGAUCCGUCUGUGGCAGCAACCAAUGGUAAUUGGGUCUGAAAUCUCAAGCUUUCCUUGCAUGGCUUUGCACUUUUCUUUAACUUUUACCAGUCACGUCCAUCCCCAUUCUGAAUUGUUAUUGCAUCGUUAAGUGGCAGAGUUUCCCUUGACCCCAAGGCAACCUCCCGACAAAUUGCAUGAUGUCAUGAAAUAUACAACCACUUCUACAGCCUGGUGACUAUGCAAUUUCCACAGCUGGAGACUUUUCAGACCGAAAGUAGUCACAGUAGGAUCUCUAGCACUUAGCGUUGCUGAUAAAAGAGAAAAUGAUUAUUGGUAAUAACAUUCAAAGGUGCUUUGAAUAUUGUUUAACCCACAAUCAGUCUUAUUUUCCCCAUUUUGUUACCAUGUAGCAUUUUCUCCCUGGGUUUUAAGAAGUCCCAAAUUUUUGUGUUGCUCAGUUAACAGUUUUGCACAAUUUUGCACAUGUAUUUACACCACACAGAUCUGUAGGAAGGAUCUCUAGAAUGGCUUUAAAAGAAUCAGGUUUAAGCAUGGAGGGAGACUGGCUGCAAUGAAAACUGAAGUCCUCCUAGCCCUCCUUGCAAGCUCAGAUCUCUGGUUUCCUGGGGGACCUCUUCUGAAUAAAGGACUCUCUGCUUUAGGGAGAAAGCUGUGAACGCUCAGUCCUCUCUCUUGACAAGGGACUGCCAACUGUGCCAAAAUUAUAUGUGAUAGCUCAUGUGUUGUACCACUUUGUGAUCAGGACUGCAAAUGACUUAGAAGCUGAACCCGCCAAACCCAUUUUUGCGCAAUACCUUAUUAGGCUAAGUCACUUUAAUUUCUUUAAAGAAAGAGUUGGCGUUCAGACACUGGUAUCCUCCCAUACCUGGAUUAAGAUGGGGGAGGGGAAACAACCCACGAAAAGAAUUUCUGUCUUUCCUCUUGUACGCCUUCAUUUGCCCCUGUUCCGAGAGCUGCAUCAACAAAAAACAAAAUGUGCCGCGCUCUGGCUUCUUGUCUUGCUGUCAGGCUUCAGUGAUAUUCCGUCUUUGUGUCUUCAAGCAAUCCCAAACAAGCCGUCAUAGCCCUGUUUGUAUAGAAUCACUGCAUUUUAUCAGUACAGCCUAUUAGUGCUGAGAAGCUGGUGUUCUGGCCCAUUUCAUCCAAGGAUGGGCCCAGUCUACAAAACCUAUAGUGAGACUCCAAAGAGUUAAACCUUCAUUCAGAGCCCUAUAUCUGUACCAACAUUUGCCCUGUGAAUUCCUGUGAGAUCAGGCUGCCAUUUGUACCAACAAAGGAGGUAUGUGGGAAUUCCUAUUAGCAGAUGGUGGGGUACAGGGAUGCCAACUUGAAUAAAAUGUUGGGGGUGCCAGGUAGGCCCCACCUCACAUAAUCAAUGGCAAGAUGCAGUACACACACCAUUUAAAUGGCAAUCACAUUUGGGGGGGCUGUUCUCUCAAAUAUUUCAGUGGGGGGCCAAAGGGACCUCAGACCCUAGGAGUUGGCUCCUUUGGUGCACUCGGUGAUCACCACCACCAUAUUCAUCUCUGGCAAGGUCACUGGAUCAUGGUGUCAAGUUAAUUGUCAACUAGGUCAUACUCACAGCCAACCAGAAAUGCAUCUGCUCUGAGUAUGACUAACAUGAAACAUCUGUGAUAUUUGGAGACAUGAGGGUUUGGUUAACCAUUAUUUUCUUUUCGGAGGAAAAACACGGUUUUAGUAACAGAAGAGAUGGUGCUAGGCCCCAGCAUCUCUCUAUGUGGACUGUCUCUCACGUAAUGAUCUGCAUCUCAACACCUUUCUUAAAAGAUAAAAGGUGAUGGCAAGAGAGAGAGAGAGAGGACACAGGGUAACUCAACCCCAUCGUUAUUUCUUCUUAUUAAUAAUAAUAAUCGAUUUCUUACCUGACCUUCACCAUAAGAAGCCAGGGCAGAUUAUAGCCAUUUUUAAAAAUUAUAUAUUAAAAAUCAGUUUACAAGAAAUUACAAUAACAGGAAAAAAAUGUGGGUCCUGGAAAUAUAUCCCUCAGGUGUCAAAGGCCAGGGGAAGGAAACGAGUCUUCAGCAUUUGACAAAAACUCUGCAAUGAAGGUGCACCUCUGUGGGGAGGGAAUUCCACAAUCUCAGAGCUGCCACAGAGAAUGCUGUUUUCCCCCACCUCAAACUUCUGAGAGUGAUGGAACUACCAAGAGGCCCUGCCCCACUGAUUUCAGCACCCAAGAGGUCGGUAGGGAAGGAGGCCAUCUUUCAGAUGUUUGAGACCUAAGUCAUUUUGGCCUUAACAUUUGAAUCUUUGAGCUCAGAAUGGUACCACAUGGAGUUCCUCUAUAGAAAAGUACCUUCUGACUGGGCCCUUAGACCAUGAAAUAUUUGGAAUUUGUGUUUUUACGAAAUCCCUUUCAUUUUACUAAACCAUAAUAGUGUUUGUGUGUAAAUAUAUAUGGGAAAACAAGGGGGACAGCUGCUAUUUAACCUUACAAAAGAAUUCAGUGGAAAUUCGUUCACUUCCCUGACCUUUCUUCCCUGUCUGAGAAUAUAACUAGAGAGGUGGUUGUGUUUUUUGUUUUUGUUUUUACCCUUUAAAUUUAUCCUUUUAAAUGUCAAGACUUGCUGAAGGUAGAAUGAAAAAAGGAAGAGUCAUUCACUCCACACUCCUUCCAGUUAGUUUGGUGCACCUGCCCAGCUGGAAGGAAACAGCUUCUGUGUUCUUGGAGCAUGGAGUUACUCAAAAACAGUUGCCAUUUUUGGAUCUAGGGUUGUUUUGAUCCACAUAUUUUCAAUGGAAUCCACCGUCCCUUAAUAUUUAUAAUUGCACUUUCCCCCUUAAUGCUGCAACGAUUGUUAUCUGGGUCGGUUUGCUUUUUCUACACUGGCAAGCUAUUUUCAGUGUAGUUGACCUAUUGUGUCACAGGUAUGACAUGGUGCAAGAAUAACAGACAGACAGACAGACAGACAGACAGCUGGAUUUUGAAAUACGUUUAUUUUAAUAUAAUAAAAUAAUCGAUGUGAUAUGCUUUAUAUCAGGCAUCCCCAAACUCGGCCUUCCAGCUGUUUUGAGACUACAGCUCGCAUCAUCCCUAGCUAACAGGACCAGUGGUCAGGGAUGAUGGGAGUUGUAGUCCCAAAACAGCUGGAGGGCCGAGUUUGAGGGUGUCUGCUUUGUAUGUACACAUGCUGUACACAUAACCACUAACAGUCAGUGUAAACCAGGAUUUCCCAAACUUGGAUCUCCAGCUGUUUUUGGACUACAAUUCCCAUCAUCCCUGACCACUGGUCCUGCUAGCUAGGGAUGGUGGGAGUUGUAGUCCAAUAACAGCUGGAGACCCAAGUUUAGGUGUAGCUAGAUGGAACAUUGGUCUGACUCGGUAUAAGGCAGCUUCCGAUGGGCAAUAUCUACUGCCAUUCCUACUCAGAGUAAGCCCAUUGAAGUUCAUGGAAAUGCUGACAGCUUUGUUAAUUUCAAUGGAUAUAUUCAGAGUAAAACUCAACCUUAUAUUCCUAACUAGGGUUAGCAGGUCCCAAACUUGCCCAGGGCUGUCUAUGCCAGCAUUCCCCAAGCUGGUGCUCUUCAGAUUUUGGACUCCAAUGCCCACCAGCCCCAGACAGCAUGGCUGGUGGUCUGGUGACCUCCAACAACAUCUGGAGGGGGUACCCAGAUCCUUUUAACUGGCUAUGCCAAGUAUUGAACCAAGGACCCUCUGCAUGAAAAACACAUGCUCUACUGUGAGCUGUGACAACCACCAACAAAUUUAUCAGCAGUAAGGUUGGCUGUGGCUUCAAUGGUAAUUGGACAUAAGCUAACAUCUAAGGAGCAAAGGACACAAGUUGCUAUAAUCCUGUGGUUUGCCCAUGAGGGCACAUUUUUCCUUUCAGCAUGGGGCCUGGCUCUGGAUUGAGACCCUAGCAUGGAGGUAAGGCUUUAAAAGCAUUAGAAGAGCCUGCUGGAUCAGGCCAAGCGCCCAUCUAGCCAAGCAUCCUGUUCUCACAGUGGCCAACCAGAUUUCUGUGGGAAGCCUGCAAGCAGGAGCAGGGCCCAACAGCCCUCUCCACACUUGUGAUUCCCAGCAACUGCUGUUAAGAGCCAACAACAGAGAUAGGGGGGAAAGCCAUUGUGGCUUUUUAUUGCUUUUCCCCUGCUUUGCCCCUGACCUUGAUCACUUUCCCACCCACACAGCUGGUGGCGGGAGGGAUUUCUCAUCAAAUGCUCUGUGCUCAAGAGUAGACCUAUGAAAUCAAUGGGCAUGACUCACUUCCGUUAUUUCAGUGGGUCUAGCCUGAGAACAACUUCAUUCGAUCCAGAUCCAGAAUUGGGAGUAAAAUUUGAUGCAGAAGUGACCUAUUCAUCACUAGUCAAACAGAGCUGCCUAUUUAGGUUUAUUAAGGGACAAACUACACAUGGCAUUUAGUCAUGAUUGGCCCCCCAUUAUCUUUUGCUUAAAAAUAGACAGUAGGGGGAGGGGGCCUAAUCCAAUCUCCCUAGUAUGUGGUUAGGAGACUUCAUUCCUUUGCCCCAGCAGUGGUCCCAAUCCAGACCUGGAAGUGACCACAAGGGUCACCUCGUCCAACCAGGGCCAUCUUACCCAUAGGCGCUAGGGGUGUGGGGCACCCAGGCGCCGGGCUCUCAGGGGCAUCAGGCUGAGAGUCUGGGGCCUGAGAGUUGAGUCUGGGGAAGAGCCCACCAGUUGGUCAGAGUGCUGUGGCAGGCUCUUCUGCUGCGGGCAGCUCUGUGCCGCGGGUUCGGGGACGACUGAGCCAGCAAGAUGCUGAUGCGGGUGGCCGGCUCCGCCCUCCUCUGUGCCUGGGACUGGGCAGCCUGGGGGGGCACUGGGCGGAUUUUUGCACCCUGGUGCCACAUAUGCUUAAGACAGCCCUGGGUCCAACCCCCUGCAAUGCAGAAAUAUUUUGCUCAACGUGGGGCUUGAACCCACGACCCUAAGAUUAAGAGUCUCUCCUAAUCUCCAACUGAGCUAAAAAUCAGAACAUAAAGAUAUAAAUGAGGUAGAGCACUAAUACUGUACCACUGGAGUGGCCAGAUGGAGGGACUUGUGUCUAUAUGACACACCCAAAAAACUUGUAACUGGGAGCAGGGAGGAGCUAGCAUGCCAGAUACCUCUUUGCGUCCCCUACAUUUUGUAUGCGGAGAAAUUCUAUUUUAUUUUUUACAAUGGGGAGUAAAACCAUGUACGUGCUUAGAGGAUGGUACCAUAUGAUUCUUUUGCGCAUAUGGCUCGGUCCUCAAUCUUCAGAGCUGAAGGGCAAGUUAAGCAAUGCUUUCAGGAGCUGACUCCUAGAGCUUUGGAAUACAACCAGGGUUUUGUUCAAAACUCUACCAAUUGCUUGCAAAAAACAAAAACAAAAAAACCUUUCCAUUACGUACCAGUGAAAUGUACAAGUCUUGACAGAUAAAAGCUUCUUUACAAUGGGGACCCAUUACACUGAAAAGAUAGCAAUUUACAGGGAUUUAAAGUUUAUUUUUUAUUCUCUAAAAUUAGAUGCUGAAAUGCUCUACAUACCUAGGGGGCAUGUGGUGAGCAAGCUUUUCAGCUGGUUAUAUCCUAGCAUUGCCCUGCCUAAGACUAGCAGAUUGUGUGCCAUAAUUUGACCCAAAGAGCUAAGAUUUCCAUAUUUUGCAACUUUGUUCCAUAAUAAUAAUAAAAAAAGAUUUAUGGCAUAGAUACUGUAUACAGAGAGGGCGUGAUCCAGCAUCAUUCAAGCACUUCUGAAUCCCAUUUAUUUCAGUGGGCGAGUAGAAGAAAGCACGUAUUCUUAAUUUUAAAAAAUGAAUAAAAGAACCCCCUUGAAAUGGAGCUUAAAAGUGCUUAAAUUUGUCUGGAUGCUAGCCAUAUAUUAUAUAGGUAUGAACCUGAAUUUCCAUUGUCUUACACUUUGCAGUUUGGUUUAUACCAUGCAGGACUGAGUAUAAACCUCUCCCUGUACCCAUUUUGUACUCACUCUGCACAGGUAUUUAAAACAACUCAUAGUCCAAGACAAUGGAGAAUCGUGACUGUUAUAAAUAUAUUUUUAUAUAUUCUUCACAACCCCUCCCUUGCAUCUCUACAAACAAAUAUAUGAUUUUUAAACUGCAAAGAUAGUGUGUUAAAAACCAAUGCAUGAAUGUAAAUACUCUUAAGAUCUGCCUUCUUGACUGUGUACCAGGUGUACAGAUUAAAACAGCUACUACUGUUCAUAGGAAAUCUGUACCAGUGGUUAAAUGACUACGGAGUAUGGCCAUGAUUCAAAGAGUUCCUUCGCAGGGAGGAGCACAAGGCGGCUAAAGGUGGCUGCUUUAGGAAGGGGAGGCUCAGAAGCUUUGCAUGGAGCUCCUUGGAUCAUGGCCAAAAUCAAUUUCAAAAUUAAUGUUGUCAUGUUUCUAAGACAAGCCAUUAAUGUAUAUUUAGCAUUUAAGGAUAUUGCUCAGUACAUAUGUUCUGUACCAAAAAAAAAAAAAAAAAAAAAAACCAAACCUGUGUUGCAUAUACAGAUUGUGCAGUACCCUAUUUAAAAA